CACACACACACACACACAACAAUCAUGGCGGAGAAUGAAACCUUGGAGUGUAUAACGGAGCACGAGCGGAUUUUACAGGAAAUUGAAAGCACCGACACGGCUUGUGUCGGUCCCACUCUUCGGUCCAUUUAUGAUGACCAGCCCAAUGCCCACGUGCGCUUCAUGGAGAAGCUGGACGCCAGGAUAAGGAACCAUGACCGAGAGAUCGAGAAGAUGUGCAAUUUCCAUCACCAAGGCUUUGUGGAUGCCAUCACAGAACUGCUCAAAGUCCGCGCUGACGCAGAGAAACUGAUGGGUCAGGUGACAGACACUAAUCGGAGACUACAGGAAGCUGGGAGGGAGGUGACCGCUCAGACAGAGGAGGUGAUUCGCUGUCGGAUUCAGCAGAGGAACAUGGCCACCACUGUGGAGAAGCUCCAGCUCUGUUUACCAGUGUUGGAAAUGUACAGCAAACUAAAAGAGCAGCUGGAAUCCAAAAGAUACUACGCUGCCUUAAAGACCAUGGAACAACUGGAAAAUGUGUACAUUCCCAGGGUCAGUCAGCACCGCUUCUGUCAGAUCAUGGCUGAAAAUCUGCCUCGACUCAGAGAAGACAUCAAGGAGAUCUCCAUGUCAGACCUGAAGGACUUCCUUGAGAGCAUUAGAAAACACUCCGACAAGGUUGGAGAGACAGCCAUGAGACAGGCUCAGCAGCAUCGGACCUUCAACAGCGCAAUGGCAAAACAGACCAGUAUGGGCCACUACACAAAGCCGGUGUACUCAUUGAACGGGCGAACUCACACUCACAAUGACCUCAUGAUGGACGAGGACGCAGGAGAAGAGGAUGAAGCUGAUGAAGAGAUUCUGACAGCCCAGGACCUGGUGGACUUCUCACCUGUGUACAGGUGUUUACACAUUUAUACUGUGCUGGGGGACCGAGAAACAUUUGAGAACUACUACAGAAAACAGAGGAAAAAACAGGCACGACUAGUUCUGCAGCCGCAAGCGAACAUGCAUGAGACAGUGGAAGGCUACAGGAGGUACUUCAAUCAGAUCGUGGGCUUCUUCGUUGUAGAGGACCAUAUUCUCCACGCCACCCGAGGGCUGGUGACCAGAGCGUUCACUGAUGAACUGUGGAACAUGGCCCUGUCCAAGAUCAUCGCAGUGCUGCGGACACACUCUUCAUAUUGUGAUGAUCCAGACCUGGUCCUGGAGCUGAAGAACCUCAUCGUCAUCUUUGCUGACACUCUACAGGGUUAUGGUUUCCCAGUGAACCGGCUGUUUGACCUGCUGUUCGAAGUCAGAGACCAGUACAACGAAACACUGCUGAAGAAGUGGGCGUUGGUGUUCAGGGAGAUAUUUGAGCUGGACAACUACAGUCCCAUCCCAGUAGAGACAGAAGAAGAGUAUAAACUGGUCGUGAGUCGCUUUCCUUUCCACGACGCUGAGAUAGAGAAGCAGGACUUUCCCAAGAAGCUGCCCAUGUCCCAGUCGGUCCCUCAGAUCUACACACAGGUCAAAGAGUUCAUUUAUGCCAGCCUCAAGUUCUCCGAGUCUCUGCACCGCAGUUCAACAGAAAUUGAUGAUAUGUUGCGAAAAUCCACCAACCUACUGCUGACAAGAACACUGAGCAGCUGUCUGCAGAAUCUGAUCAAGAAACCUCACAUAGGGCUGACGGAGCUGGUGCAGAUCAUCAUCAACACCACCCACCUGGAGCAGGCCUGCAGGUACCUGGAGGAGUUCAUCACCAACAUCACCAAUGUGUCCCCUGAAACUGUCCACACCACCAGACUGUACGGCCUGUCCACCUUCAAGGAUGCCCGUCAUGCAGCAGAAGGAGAGAUUUAUACCAAACUAAACCAGAAGAUUGAUGAGUUCAUCCAGCUGGCAGACUAUGAGUGGGGGAUGGCCGAGUCUGACGGACGGGCCUCCGGGUACCUCAUGGACCUGAUCAACUUCCUGCGCUCCACCUUCCAGGUCUUCACACACCUGCCGAAUAACAACAAUGACCAUGCGUCGAUGUCGGGUAAAGUUGCCCAAACUGCCUGCAUGUCAGCCUGUAAACAUCUGUCCACGUCGCUGAUGCAGAUGCUGUUGGACACAGAGUUAAAACAGAUCAGUAUGGGAGCCAUUCAACAGUUCAACUUAGAUGUCAUCCAGUGUGAAUUGUUCGCCAGUUCAGAACCCGUCCCUGGUUUCCAAGGAGACACGCUGCAGCUGGCCUUCAUCGACCUACGACAGCUGCUGGACCUGUUCAUGGUGUGGGACUGGUCCACGUACUUGGCCGACUACGGUCAGCCCACCUCCAAAUACCUGAGGGUGAACCCAGCCACUGCCCUGGCUCUGCUGGAGAAAGUCUACAGAGGAAUGAAAGACACCAGUAAGAAGAACAACAUCUUCUCUGGGUUCAGGAAGAACGACCGAGACAAACAGAAGCUCAUAGAGACUGUGGUCAAACAGCUGAGGAGUCUGGUCAAUGGCAUGUCAUCCUAAAUGCGCGCGCGCACACACACGCACACACAUGCAGUUACAUGAUCACACUGUACUGCCCAGACACACAGAGUCCAUACGUCCGCAGACGGAAUGAAGUGAUGACACGUAUUGUAUGGGAUCAGUACAACAGGGAACACACACACACAAAGCAUGCAGGGUAGUGACUACACACUCACAGUUGUCCCUCCUUUGUGUUUAAACCAGUACUCAGUGUAAAUAACACACACGCUCCAGUUUACCAGACUUCACAGGUCUGAACAUUCUGAACCAUUAGAAUGGGGACAAGAAGAACAACUGUGUUUUAUACGAGUGGAGCUGCAUCCAAGGAAGGGACACCAGGACUGGACACAAACCAGUACUGAUACCAGUACUGUACACAUACGAGUACUGGACACAUAUGAGUACUGGACACAUAUGAGUACUGUACACAUGAGUACAGUACACAUACGAGUACUGGACACAUAAGAGUACUGGACACAUAUGAGUACUGAUACAAGUACUGGAUACAUACAAGUACUGGACACAUAUGAGUACUGUACACAUAUGAGUACUGAUACCAGUACUGGACACAUAUGAGUCCAGGAAGUGGAGCUGCAGCCAAGGAAGUGACACCAGGACUGGACACAAACCAGUACUGAUACCAGUGCUGGACACAUACCAGUACUGUUACCAGUACUGUACACAUACCAGUACUGUACACAUACCAGUACUGGACACAUAUGAGUACAGUACACAUACCAGUACUGUACACAUACGAGUACUGGACACAUACGAGUACAGUACACAUACGGGUACUGGACACAUGAGUACUGUACACGUACAAGUACUUGACACAUACGAGUACUGUACACAUACGAGUACUGUGCACAUGCGAGUACUGUACACAUAUGAGUACAGUACACAUUUGAGUACUGUACACAUACGGGUACUGUACACAUAUGAGUACACUAUACAUACGAGUACAGUACACGUACCAAUACUUUACACAUAUGAGCACAGUACACAUACAAGUACUGUACAAAUACAAGUACUGUACACAUAUGAGUACUGGACACGUACAAGUACUGUACACAUAUGAGUACUGGACACGUUCAAGUACUGUACACAUAUGCGUACAGUACACAUACCAGUACUGUACACAUAUGAGCACAGUACACAUACCAGUACUGUACACAUAUAAAUACUGGACACAUAUGAGUACAGUAUACAUACGAGUACAGUACAUAUACCAGUACUGUACACAUAUGAGUACUGUACAUGUACAAGUACAGUACACAUACCAGUACUGAACACUUAUGAGUACAGUACACAUACGAGUACCAAGCACAUACCAGUACAGUACACAUAUGUGUACAGUACUCAUAUGUGCACACUAUGUGAGUACUGGAACAUUGAGGUCCAACCCCAGAGUGAGGCUGUUCUCUCCUGAACGUGAGGCCCAACCCAGUCCAGAUCAGUGUCAAUACUAACUUCCUGAAUAUGAGGUCCAACCCAGUCCAGAUCAGUGUCAGUACUAACUUCCUAUCAAUGUCUCAUCAGUUCAACUCAGUUCAGCCUUGGAUAAAACCCUGAACAUGUUGGAUCACUCUAAUAAAACCAAAACUAGUUCAGUUCACAGCCUUGGAUGUGUUGGUGUUCAUAUAUGGUUCCAUUAAAAACCACUGAACCUUUUCCAUCAGUUUGGACUCAAAGUAUUUUCUAAAACCAUCCCACAAUCUUGGUUUGUUCAGAAAUUAACUAGUUUUUGUUACUGACUCUAAACAUAUUAAAGAAUGGUAGAGAAACAAGACAGCAGGAAAUCAAUCCACAAUGUGUUCUUAUUCAGAUCCAACUAAAAGUCCGUUCUUUAUUAUUACACACAGUGCAAUCAGUGGUUUGUGAGUUCUGCUUAAAACUUAGUUCCUGGGUUUAUUUGGAGUAAAUACUUCAAACCUCUGAACACACAGAACUUCUGCUAACGUUGGCUCCAACACUAAUGUGUGUGUUCCAUCUGUUACCACUGUAGGACUGGUUACAGUUCAUUAGAAUCCUAAAACAGUAUUUGGAGGUUUACAUCCGGUAAAAUUCUGUUAUUAUUAUUAUAAUCAUAGAUGUGGAUGUCUAAGGAAAAUUAUUACCAUUUAAUAUAAAAAUGGAUGAUAUGAUAUGAAGUUCCUAUUUUUCAA